AAUUUCAGCUCCUGAACGCACCGAGCUCGCUCCGGGACCGGACUGCGAAGCGCGCAGCUCGCGGGCCCGCGGGAGCCAGCCGAGCGGCCGGGGCUUGGGAUAUGCGACGGGAAGCCCCCGCCACCGCGCAGGCAGUGACCCCGCCGCGCCAGGGAGAGCCGGGCCAGAGCAGACUGGUUCUUCAGAGAAAUCAUCCCUGACCGUGUCUUCACUCUGAGCUCUGACUCCUUCCCCGUGGGAACACUACUCAAGGGAGAGUUCUGGAGAGUUCCUGAAGAGAAAUUCCAUGGGGACUGUAACUGACCCUCUGAUAUCAGCUAAAACUUCCCUGAUUGCAGCUUCUGGAAAGGAAGAGAACCUAGGAGAACUGCAGCCUGCCUCACCUCAGCACCAGCCAGCUCUCCUGUGUAAGAAUGCCAAUGGCUUUUCAGGCGCCCCUGAAGAACCAGACCUCAACCCCAGGGCAACUGCUGAGACCCUGAUGCAGGCUUGUGAGCAUGAGACCACCCAGCCAGACAUGUCUUCUUCUCAUGUCUUCAACAAAGUAGAGAAAGCAUCUCCCACCCUUAAUUCUUCUGGCAAUCCCCAGCCGCCAGGGAGCAGCCAGCCCGAAGCACCAGCCCCAAGUUCUGCAGCAGGAAAGGAUCUUACACGCACACCAUUAACAAUGCCAGUCAGUCAACACAGCCACCAGGCCAUGCCAGGUGAGCAGCCCAAUGCCAGCACCUCAUCGGUACCUGAAGAUCCCCUGAUGAAACUGCAGAGAACCUCGAAUGGAGAGCAGCCCGAGAAGCCAAGUUGUCCUUCCACAGAUACUCAUGGGAACAGCAAAGAUCAAAUGUCCCGUGAGUCUCCUGCUCAAGAAACAGUCCAGGGGAUAGUGCAGCACCGAGAUACAGCAGCCAGAGUGUUCAGUCACUCAUCCUCUCCUGUAAGCCGACCUGAAGGGGAAAGGCAGCGAGCUGUCUGUGACUCUGAGACGAGGUCCUGUGAACCUCCAGUUAGAGAAUGUUGCUGUUUAAAGAACAAGCAGACCUCUGUCACUGCCUCAGGCCCCCAGGGCAUAACUCCUGUGACACCUCAACCAUCCCACCUCAGGAGCGAAGGUUCAGCAUGUCCUCCAGAUCCAGAGAAGGUGCCGCCGCCAGCUCAGCAUCAGAUGGCAAGGUUCAAAGAAGCCAGCACGAUGACCAGCCAGGUUGAAAACAAGACCCAGGGAGUUCCUGGCAGGGCUCAGCAGGAUGCUGAAGUGCAGGCGGUGGCCAGUGUAGAGAGCAGAUCCGUCUCCACCAGCCCCAGCAUCCUCGCUGCCUUCCUGAAGGAGAGCCCCGCUCCCGAGUGUUUUGAGCAGGAGCAACUGCGUGUCAUUUGUCACAGCAGUGGGAGCCACACGCUGGAGCUCUCUGAUGGCACGUUCAGCCCCCAGGAGUCAGGCCAGCGCCCUGGUAUCAUGCCACAGGUGCACAUUCAGACAACUGCAGCUGUCUCCAUGGCGUUCCAAGGGGAAAGGAAAUCAGUGAGCCUGCCAGGUGAGGUCCUUAAAACCUCAUCAAUCAAUGCGGCCUCCAGUAAUGCCCAUGAUGGAUGUAAAGAAGAUGGGAGGUCAGCAGGAAUGGCUCCAAAAAUGGAAGAACCAAACACUGGGCAGCUUGCAGGUACUAAUUCCAGCUCCCUCAAAGCCAGUCCCAUUGACCAGAUCUCGGUCCGGCCAGGCAGUCAAGCUGAAAGGAGUCAUGCAUUGGGGAAAUUCGAAACCAAGUCGUCGGAGUUUGCAGUGAAAACCGCAAAUGGCCAGAAAACAGACCCAGAUUGCAAACGAUCCGACUGUUGCGCCCCUGCCAGCAAAAGUGGCCAUUCUGGGAACCUGGAUCCCACCAAUAAAGGAGGUGCGAGGGAGAGGAAACCCACGUCUCCUCAGAUAGUGAAAGAACAAGAGUCUACUGGCACCAGGGCCCUCGAUGCCAAAACUCUGCUGCUCAAUCCUAAAUCUCAAGAUAGUGGAGGCACAGGAUCAGGGACCAGUCCGACCCCCUCCCCAGUUAGAAAGAACCAGGAGAGCACCUCGGAGGAAAAUAAACAGACCAAGACAACCACAAGCCUGAGCCUGCCAUCAGAUCCCAUGGGUGACUCAAGCCCAGGCUCUGGCAAGAAGACCCCUUCUCGCUCCGUCAAAGCCAGCCCGCGCAGGGGCAGCCGGGUCAGCGAGUUCCUCAAGGAGCAGAAGUUGAACAUGACAGCGGCCGUGGCCCAGGUGGGACUCACUCCGGGAGAGAAGAAAAAGCAGCUUGGCCCGGACGCCAAGCUCCACUUGAAACAGUCCAAGCGUGUCAGGGACGUCGUGUGGGACGAGCAGGGAAUGACCUGGGAAGUGUACGGUGCCUCCUUGGACCCGGAGUCUCUGGGAAUCGCGAUCCAGAACCACUUACAAAGGCAAAUCAGGGAACAUGAGAAAUUAAUCAAAACCCAAAGCAGCCAGGGCCGGAGAUCCAUUUCCUCAGAUACUUCUUCAAAUAAGAAGCUCAAAGGAAGGCAGCACAGUGUUUUCCAGGCCGUGUUGCAGAACUUCCGUCGCCCCAACUGCUGUGUUCGCCCAGCCCCUUCCUCUGUGUUAGAUUGA